AAUAAAACAAAUGGCUUCCCAGGCUCCAUAAGCGCAAAUGAGAAAGGCUAGCGGUCCUCAGAAACAUUCCUGCAGCCAUCUCAGACACAGCGCUCCGAGUCCUCACCUGACCGCCGCGAUGGACCUCAGAAACACCCUCGCCGAGAACCUGAACAAGUUCAUCAAAGACCAUCUCCUGUUAGACUACAAUUUCCACGAGGACGUCAAAAAUGCCAUUGAGCAGAUAUCUGAAUUCCUAAAGGAAAGGUGCCUUUUCCCAGGAGCCCCAAUCCCUGUGCGGGUGUCCAAGGUGGUGAGGGGUGGCUUCUCUGGCAGAGAUGCAACGCUCAGAGACCAGUGUGACGCUGACCUGGUCAUCUUCCUCACAAACCUCAAGAGUUUUCAGGAGCAGGUAUCACGCCGGGAAGAGUUUAUCAGAGAAAUUAGGCAAGACCUGGAAGAAUUUCAAAGAUGCACCAGAACACAAAUAUUUGAAAUAAACAUUAAAGACCAGGAUCCAUCCAACCCCUGCGUUCUCAGCUUUGAGCUGAGUUCCUCCCGGUUCCCAGGGAGGACAGUGAAGUUUAAUGUGCUGCCCGCCUUCAACGCCCUGGGUCAGGUCACCAAAGCCUAUAGACCAGAUCCCGAAGUCUACAUUGGGCUCAUCCAUGAGUGCACCUCCAAGCAGACAGAGGGCGAGUUCUCCACCUGCUUCACCGAGCUCCAGAGAGCCUUCGUGAAGCAGAGGCCAACCAAGGUGAAGAGCCUCAUCCGCCUCGUCAAGCACUGGUACCAGCUGUGCAAGGAGGAGCUUGGGGGUCCCCUGCCACCGCAGUACGCGCUGGAGCUGCUGACCAUCCAUGCCUGGGAAAGUGGGAGCGGAAGAACCUCUUUCAACACGGCCCAGGGAUUCAAGACCGUCUUGGAGUUAGUUACGGGCUACCAGCAGCUCUGCGUCUACUGGACGGAGUAUUACGACUUUGAAAACCCCAUUAUUACAGACUACCUGAAUGGGCAGCUCAGGAAACGCAGGCCUGUGAUUCUGGACCCAGUGGACCCUACCCGAAACUUGGGUGGUGAAGACCCAGAGUGCUGGAGGCGGCUGGCACAAGCGGCUGAAGCCUGGCUGAGCUAUCCAUGUUUUGAGGGCCGUGACGGGUCCCGUCUGGAAUCCUGGGGAUGUACCCGCCGGAAGCAGACAAUGAAGACUAGGGAGCGUUCCGGCCGCAGGCGGGUAUCAGCGCGAAUCCAGGACCCGACCUCCUCCCGCGCACCACCGCUCCGCAAGCGCAGGAAGCCUGGUCUCCCGCCCUCCUGUGACUGCUUGGCAUAUGAACAAUUGAAGGGGGGACAAUAGACCCCCAAGUUACCAGAGUGUUAGACAAGAGAGUGGCGCUCAGCCUUCAUUUCCACCUGUGCCCCGUUCACGAUCGAUGACAAUAAAAAUGACAGCAGGUGCGUGUUGGGUGUUUACGCACUUCAAGGCACAGGGUCGGGAAGUACAGAUGUGUGUGUUCAUGGAUUCAGUGGAAAAUAUUUUUUAAGUGCUUACGAGGGCUAGGUACCAGGAACACAGCAAUGAAUGAAGGGGACUAAAGUCCCUGUCCUUGUGGAGUUGACAUUUUGACAUUGGAUGAUUUAUUAUAAUUAUUAGUUUAGGAAGGAUAAUGUCUGCAUAAGAGUCAUAAUUCUAACCCAUGACCUUGGAGUUUCUUCUCACUUAAUCUAGUAAUUCUAACAAUAUUUUGUCCUUUUCCCUGCAAAUGUCUUUCAUGCCUGUCAUAUUUACCCCUAAGUAUCUGUUUUGACACUAUUAUGUUCAAUACAUUUUCUCUUCUUUCAUUCUGUAUUGGUCAGUUCCUGGAGGUUUUAAAUGUUUUCCAUGUUUUUAGAUUUGGUAAGAGCAUUGCAUGUGAUUUUUAUAUUCUGCAUUUUCUGAUUUUAUUAAUUUUAUGUACUGAACUUGUAUUAUUUCUAUGGCUACAAGAAAUAAUAAAGCAAUUUUUCUU